GUAUACCAGAUCUUCUCUGCAUAAAAGUCACAGAAUUGUGGAAGUUUAGUUUUGCACAAAAAUGGCCAAUCUGUGGCCAAAUCUAAUCUGUGCAUUGGCAGUAGUCUUAUUAGCCAUCAAUGUAGCAGCUGAUGAUUACAAGCCUUACGUUUAUGCAUCUCCACCUCCACCACAUUACCGCCACAAAUCACCACCUCCAUACCACAAGAAGUCUCCUCCACCACCGCAUUACCGUUAUAAGUCCCCACCACCACCAUCUCCGUCACCGCGGCCUCCUCCUUACAUCUACAAAUCCCCACCUCCUCCAUCUCCAUCACCACCCCCUCCCUAUGUCUACAAAUCCCCACCUCCCCCAUCUCCAUCACCUCCUCCACCCUACAUCUAUAAAUCUCCACCCCCUCCCUCACCGUCUCCUCCACCUCCUUACAUUUACAAAUCACCACCACCACCAUCUCCAUCACCUCCUCCUCCAUACGUCUACAAGUCUCCACCACCACCCUCACCAUCUCCUCCACCUCCUUAUAUUUAUAAGUCACCUCCUCCACCCUCUCCCUCACCUCCUCCUCCAUAUAUCUACAAGUCACCACCUCCUCCAUCUCCAUCACCGCCUCCUCCAUAUGUCUACAAGUCACCCCCUCCUCCAUCUCCAUCACCUCCUCCUCCAUAUAUUUACAAAUCACCACCACCCCCAUCUCCGUCACCACCUCCACCCUAUAUCUACAAGUCACCUCCUCCUCCAUCCCCUUCACCCCCUCCACCUUAUGUUUAUAAAUCUCCACCACCACCAUCCCCACCACCGCCAUCCCCAUACUACUAUAAAUCACCACCACCUCCGAAAUACUAAAACUAAUCAUUAUGUAGUACUAAUAAUCACCUUAUUAGGUGAUAAAAGGAAUAAUUGCUGCUCAUCAUGAAGUAAUCAGAUACUCUCGUGAGGGUUGGUUUAUUAGAAUCGUCCACUAAGGUCAAUUAAGGCAGUCCGACGUUCUAGACAUGAAGCUGUGGACGCGCGCUUUGCAUACUUUUAAAAAAUAAGCUUUUUUUUUUGGAAGCCACUUGAUAUAUUAAUUAUACGUAUUUGUUAUUUAUUUAGUUAAUGGAUCAAAUAAAGUAUGCUUAUUUGUUUUCUUUAAUGGGAUCGAUCAUGUUCGUCCAA